UCUGUCACUUUGGUGUUCGCCGGCGUUUUUGCUGUCAUAUCUUUAUCGAAAUUAUUUGCGCAUAUUAGAGCGUGAAUUAAAUUCUAUUAAUCGAACUUUUCUUAAGUAAUCGCUAUGUCAGACGAAUCAUUUUAUGGUGUAACUCUUACUGGGCAGGAUAGUACUGUAUCGUGGGAUGUGCUCUCUAAUGAUGAAGACUUUCCUCGUGGUCAAAAAUUAAUAAUCAAACAAAUUCUGUUGGGUGCAGAAGCCAAAGAGGGUGAAUUUAACGUUGUGGAGGUGUUUACUGUGAAAGACUCUUUGAGAAUACCGAUCGCUGUUUUAAAGGCCGGUGAGACGCGGGCUGUCAAUCCAGAUAUUGAGUUCUAUGAAACAGCAGUAACAUUUAAACUAGUGAAGGGCAAUGGACCUGUAUACAUACAUGGUCAAAAUAUUAAGGAUGAAGUUGAAAUAGUUGAUAUGGAAGAUGAAGAAACUGAUGAAGACGAUGAAGCGGAAGAAGAUGAGGAGGACCUACCAAAGAAAAAGCAAAGAUUGGAAAAUAAUACCACGAAUAAUUCAAAAAAGAACUAAGCUAAGUGCUGCCCUAGAAUGAAGUGCUAAAUAACUCUUAAGCUAUAAAAAGAUUUGCCGGUAUAAUAGAUUUAAGAUGUAGUUCCUCUUCUUAAAUAUACGAAAAGUUCAAAGUUUUAUUCUUAACUUAGUUCCCGCUAUAAUUUGUUUUCACUCAAAAAGUGAACUGCUAAACACUGAAUUUGUUUUGUUUUUUUUUU